UUUUUCUGCUGGUCAGGAUUUUGUAAGGAUUUACUGCAAGAGCAAAUUCAAAGAAGAAUGGGGGCAUGAUAAUGCUUGGCAAGGGGGGCACUGGGGUGAAAAUGAAUGCGUGAACCAAUGACUGUAUACAUUCUCCGGGGCGAACACGGUGAAAAAAGAAAAAGAGCAAGAGAGCGCGAGAACGUACGACCUAUCGAGAGGUCUGUCAGGGAGAGGCGGUUCAACAUUUCACUCGGAGCAGGGGCGACAUUCAGAAGUACCUAGCAAGAUUUGCGCCGAGCAGAUGAGAACGGAAAACAUCGUCUUUGUUUUUAUGUGGAUUAUCACUCAAUUCCUGAAGCAACGAAGAGCACAUACUUAGAAGAACUAUAUGUGCUCAACGGGGCCAAUAUCUCUAAUUUGAGGUUGCUGACCCCCGCCGCUGACCCCUCUCUCCAGUACUGACCCUCAACUCCUGACUCCCCAUCACCAGCCCCACCACCCCCCAAAAUGCCCAGCGUCUACAUCCCAGCCACACCCACUUCCUGCGCAUAGAGGAAGUUGACCCAGCCAAGUGCCCGCCCCCGGCUGCCAUGUCCUCCCAUGGGCAGCUGCCCCAGGGCCGCAGCCGAGGCCUCGACCCGCGCCACCUGCCCAGCCCCGCCCCUUUGCCUCUGCAGCUGCCACGCCCGCAUACGGAUGUUGGACUGGUGGACUACCAUCCGCACUCCCGCGACUACCCAGCGCACCUGGCCCUGUCCCAGCCACACCGCCGCAGGCCCUCCCUGCUCUCAGAGUUCCAGCCAGGCAGCGAAAGGGGUCAAGAGGUGCACAUCCGCUAUGACCACAUCUACAUGCCCGAGGCUAAUAGCCAAUCAGAGGUGGACUACGCGGAGAUCAAGCGCCCGCGUCUGGAGAUGGGGCCGGAGGCUCUGAUGCGCCACCAGGGACACCGCCCUCCAUUGCCCAUGUCUAGCGCUGAGGAUGCAGCCAAGGAGCGGAGCAGUGCCAUGGGGAAGCUGGAGCCCAUCUCCCCGGUGAGCCCGGCCCAGAUGGAGCCGGACCUGGACCUGGUGCCGGCCCGCUACUCCAAGGAGGAGCUGAUCCAGAACAUGGACCGCGUGGACCGGGAGAUCACCAUGGUGGAGCAGCAGAUCUGCAAGCUGCGCAAGAAACAGCAACAGCUGGAGGAGGAAGCUGCGAAGCCCCAGGAGCCCGAGCGCUCCAUCUCCCCCCCACCCAGCGAGGCCAAGCACCGCAGCCUGGUUCAGAUCAUCUACGACGAGAACCGGAAAAAGGCAGAGGAGGCUCACAGGAUUUUGGAGGGACUGGGACCCAGAGUGGAACUGCCUCUCUACAACCAGCCCUCUGAUACCAAGCAGUACCAUGAGAACAUCAAAAUAAAUCAGGCAAUGAGGAAGAAGCUCAUUCUGUAUUUCAAGAGAAGAAAUCAUGCUCGCAAGCAGUGGGAGCAGAAGUUCUGCCAGCGGUACGACCAGCUGAUGGAGGCCUGGGAGAAGAAGGUGGAGCGCAUCGAGAACAACCCGCGGCGGCGCGCCAAGGAGAGCAAGGUUCGAGAGUACUACGAGAAGCAGUUCCCCGAGAUCCGCAAGCAGAGGGAGAUGCAGGAGCGCAUGCAGAGCAGUCGUGUCGGCCAGCGCGGCGGCCUGGCGUCAGCGGCACGGAGUGAACACGAGGUCUCUGAGAUCAUCGAUGGCAUCUCUGAACAGGAGAACUCUGAGAAGCAGAUGCGUCAGCUGGCGGUGAUUCCCCCCAUGCUGUUUGACGCCGAGCAGCAGCGCAUCAAGUUCAUCAACAUGAACGGGCUGAUGGACGACCCCAUGAAGGUGUACAAGGACCGGCAGGUCAUGAACAUGUGGAGCGAGCAGGAGAAGGACACCUUCCGGGAGAAGUUCAUUCAGCACCCAAAGAACUUUGGUCUGAUCGCCUCCUUCUUGGAGAGAAAGACGGUGGCAGAGUGUGUGCUCUUCUACUACCUGACCAAGAAGAAUGAGAACUACAAGAACAUCGUCCGCAGGAACUCCCGACGCAGAGUCCGCAGCCAGCACACCCAGCAACAACAGCAGCAGGUGAGCCGGAACAACCAGGAGGAAAAGGAGGAGAAGGAGAAAGAGAAGGAUGAAGAUCGGGAGGAGGAGAAGAAUGAAGGGGACGAUAAGGAGGACGGCAUGAAGGACGACACGUCUGGUGAGGACGGUGAGGACAAGGAGCCGGUGGCGGUGAAGGGGCGCCGCACUGCCAACAGCCGCGGUCACCGCAAGGGACGCAUCACCCGCUCCAUGGCCAACGAGCAGGAGGAGACCAGCACACCCCCACUCAGCAGCGACCUAGCCAACAUGGAGAUGAAUGAGAGCUCUCGCUGGACUGAGGAGGAAAUGGACACUGCCAAAAAAGGUCUGCUGCAGUAUGGACGCAACUGGUCGGCCAUUGCUAAGAUGGUGGGCUCCAAGACGGUGUCGCAGUGCAAGAACUUCUACUUCAACUACAAGAAGAGGCAGAAACUGGACGAGAUUCUGCAGCAGCAUAAAAUGAAAUCGGAGCGUGAGCGUAAGGCGCGGCGUAAGGGCAAGGCCCUCCAGAGCGAGGAGGCCAGCGCUCCCUCGGCAGCCGAGGAUGAGGAGGGCUCCGGGGCCAGCGGCAACGAGGAAGAGGCCAACGAGGACGGAGAAGCUGCGGCCAACAACAGCUCGGACACAGAGUCCCUGCCGUCCCCGCGCUCCUCCGAGGAUAGCAAGCAGCCCAAAGAGGAGGCCGGCUCCUCCUCUUCCUCCUGCACCUCCUCCACGUCGCGGCCCAAGGCGGCCGGCAAGGAGGACAAGGAUGGCAUCGUGGCGGCGGGCACUGACCCCGGCGCUCCCAGCGGAGGUGGUGGUGGCGGCGGCGGCGAGGAGAGCAAGCCUCCCCAGGCGGCCCACGAGAGGGAGGUGAAGCAGGAGGUGAAGACAGAGCGGGACCCGGUGGGCGUGUCUGGUGCAGGGUCUUCGUCGUCGUCAGCAGGAGCGGCGGCGGCAGCCGCCUCCUCGUCUUCCUCCAUGGUGGGGGGCGAAGGAGUGGACAGCAAGCCCCCGCAGCUGGAGCCACAGCCGGCCGAGAUGAAGAGCCACAGCAAGGCCAAGCGCGGAGGUGGUGGAGGAGGUUGUCAUGGCGAUAGCGACUCCAGUGCCACCUGCAGUGCCGACGAGGUAGAGGAGACAGAGAGCAGCGACAAGAACCGGAUGACGUCUCCCAGGCCCAGCCUGUUGAAUGCUGCGCAAUGCUACGGCGUGAUCUCCUCCACCCUACAGAAGCCCAUGGACCUCAAACAGCUCAAGCAGCGAGCAGCUGCCAUCCCCACCAUUAUGUCGGACAUGUCUCUGCCUGGUGUGUGUCGCGGUGGCCCGAUGCCCAAGGCGGCAGUGCCCCCUCACGCCUUCGCGCUGUUCCAGCAGCAGAUCACCAUGGCGCACGAGUCCUCCCAGGAGGCCAAUCAGCACGCUGCAGCGUCCGCAGCAGCAGCAGCCGCCGCGGCCGGCGCGGGACAGCCAAUGAAACAGCCCCAUUUCCAGCCAAUGGCCGGGGACCGCAGCGCCAGCCCCCGCAUCCGAGGCCGCAGCCCCACCCCGUCCGAGCGGGAAAAGGAUGAAUUGGAGGGGAACGAGAGAUGGCUGCAGACUCUACUCCAUGGAUUACACAAGUCUCGGGCGUUCUCGCCCCACGCGGAGGGGAAGCGCUUGAUCAUCCCGGAGGAGGUGCGGGGGCAGGCGGCGGCUGCGGCGGCGGCUAUGGGUCGGCCGCUCAUGCCGCCCUACCAGCUGUCCCCCCGCGACAUGGCCAAGCUCAGCCACGAGCAGCAGCAGCAGCUCCUGCAGCAGCACUUCAACCCCUCUUUGGCAGGUCUACAGGAUGGCCGCAUGGCUGCUGUCCGCCCUCUCCACAUUCCAGAACCUCCUCCUCUCAUCUCCUCCAACAAGUCAGGCGGCUCAAUCACGCAGGGGACCCCAGUGCAGCUUCACAGCCCAGCUCAUGGCUCCGACCAUGGGAAGAUCCCACCCUCCUCUAUGGGCCUGUCCUGGAAAAUAGGUGGGGCGUUCCCCGUGGUGAAACAGGAGCAGCUGUCUCCACGCGGACCCUCCUCUCAAGCGGAGAACCUCUCUCAGGGCGGGCCCCCUGACGCUGGACGGGGCUCGAUGGCUGCCAUGCAGGGGGGCAGCAUCACCAAGGGCAUCCCAGGCACCAGGGUCCACCAGGAGCCGCCCCUCUCCUACCGUGGAGGCUCCAUCACACAGGGCACUCCGGCAGAGGUGCUGUACAAGGGCACCAUCACGCGUCUCAUCACGGAGGAGAGCCCCAGCCGGGGGGAGCGCGGCCGGGACGAGCCCCCUCCCAAAGGCCACGUGCUCUACGAGGGCAUCAACGCACACAUCCGCGCAUACGACCGCCCCCAGAACCCUAAAGAGGAGGCCAUGGGGGAGCUGCCUGGUCUGAAGAGGACCUACGACGUCAUGGACGGAGGCAUCUCCCGGGGACUGCCCAUCCGCGACUCCCUCUCCGCUGCCAACGAGGGUUUGAUAGGAAGAGCGAUGCCACAGGAGCGAGACAGCCCUCACCACAGCCGUGGCUCCAUCUCUCAGGGUAUACCGCGUCACAUGGAGCCGGACGAGUACCGGCGCGAGGCCAAGCUGAAGCGCGAGGGCUCCCCGCCGUCGCGAGGCUCGUCUGCCGGCCUGCCGCCUGACGUUAUGAAGGGCCCCAGGGGCCACGAGGGCCUGGUGCCCACCGUCAAGGAGGGGGGCCGCUCCAUACACCUCAUCCCCCGCGACGAGCUGCGACAGGGGCCCCUGGCCAAGGAGGGCUCCAUCACGCAGGGUACCCCUAUGAAACAGGAGCCUGUAACUCCUGGCAAGCGGCAUGACGUGCGCUCCAUCAUCGGCGGCGGCGCUGGCGGUGCGCCCCGACCCUCCUACCCCGGCAUGCCAGCCCACCUGGACCUGCGGGCAGCCGCGGCCGGUGGGGCACAAGGAGGAGGGGAGCGGGGGCGGUACGAGGAGCCCCCCAAGGGCCGGCCCAGCGCCGUGGUGAGCACGGCCAGCACCCUGGCGCGCGCCUCCCCCAUCGAGCAGGGCCCCAAGUCCCACCACAGCCCCCUGGGCUCCUACCAGCAACCCUCGCACCGCGGCUCCCCGCACGCGCCCAGGGACCCACAGCAGCGGCCUCACGAAGUAAUGCUGCAGAAUGCAGCUGCAGAAUGCGGGACAGAGGUCUGGAGAUCCAGUCCCUCCCCUUUCGCCUAUUAUGGCUCCGGAAGCAAGCAGCAAUCUCAGGAGCGCAAGACCACGCCCACGCCACGGGAGAUGAGCGCCACCAAGUCACCGCUGCCCAGCGUUGCCGAGCACCAGGCGGCCUCGCUAGCCUACGAGCGCAUGCUACAGGGCCUGGGCGCCGCAGACGUCUACCGCGGCCAGAUCCCGCUCACCUUUGACCCCGCCACGCUGCCCCGCGGCAUCCCCCUCGACCCCGCUGCUGCUGCCUACUACCUGCCCCGCCACCUGACCCCGGGGCCGGGCUACUCGCACCCGGCCUACCCGCCCUUCCUGAUCCGCGGCUACCCGGAGACGGCGGCCUUGGAGAACCGCCACACGCUCUUCACGGACUACAUCACCUCGCAGCAGAUGCACCACCAGUGGCCCCCCGGCGCCGCCGCACAGAUGGCCGCCCAGAGGCCCGACCUGCUGCGCACGCUGUCCCCGCGCGACCAGCCCCCGCUGCCCAUGCAAUACUCGCCCGCGCCAAGGGGUGUGAUGGAUCUUUCUCAGGUGACCCACUUACCUGUCCUGGUCAAUCCCUCCGCAGGGGCGUCUGCCUCCCCCAUGGACCGGAUCACCUACAUCCCCGGACCCUCAGGCACCUUCCCCAGCCGACCCUACACCACAUCGCCCAUAUCACCUGUGGGAGCUCAACACGUGAGCAAGAUGCCGGGAACGCCGUCCUCCUCCGAGCGGGAGCGUGAGAGAGACCGGGAACGGGAACGAGAGAGGGAGCGAGACCGGGAACAGCGCGACCGAGAGAGGGAGCGCGAGAGGGACCGGGAGAGGGAGAGAGAGAGAGAGCGAGAACGAGAGCGUGACCGCGACAGGGAGAGGGAGAGGGAGAGAGACCGAGAACGGGAACGCGACCGGGACCGGGAUAAGCCCGGAUCCAUGGGGCACGGAAACGUGGAACACGCCCCUAUAUGGAGACCAGGCCAUCAUGAGCAGAAUCCGGUGACGAGCAGCAGCAGCAGCAGUGGCCGUCCCCCAUCCCACCACUACAGCCACUCCCCCGUGUCCCCGCGCACCCAGGACGGGGGCCAGCAGAGGCCCAGCGUCCUCCACAACCCCGUGGGCAAGAGCAUGAACAUCUCUGACCACUCCAGCCCCUCCGUUGUCAGGUCUCUACCACAAGGUUCGUUGCGCUACCAGGGCUACGGCAGCCAACUCCCGCGCAACGUUCUCCCCGGCGAGGGCUACCCAGGCGGCAUGGACACCGGCGGCGGCAAAGACCUGAGCCGCGACGGAGCCAGCAAAAGCCACCGAGGCGUCCUGCCCAAGGACUCAUCAUCCUCCUCCUCCUCGGGCAAGUCUGACCCCAAGCUGACCAGCCCUGGCCAGGGAGGUGUGUACGCCUCCCCCUAUGCCCAGGCGGCGCUCAUGGGCCACCAGCCGGGCCGUGGCCACCCUCUCCUGGACAGCGGCGGCGGCGGAGGUGCCCCGGGUGGGGCUGGGGGCCGUGGUGGCGACAGCGGCGGCAGCAGCAGCAGCGCACCAAGUAGGGAAAAGACUCAAAUCAAAGCGAUGUCCGUGCAGGAGGAAGAGCUCCGGGCACUCGGUAAGACCACCAUGACAGCGGCCAACUUCAUAAACGCGAUUAUCAUGCGUCAAAUUUCUUGUGACACGGGGAUGCCGGAGGCGGGGCCGCUCGGGGCCAACGGCACCUGUGAGGCCCAGCAGCAGAAGGUGGCCAUGGAGCACGGUCUGUACCGGCCUCCGUCUGACGAGCGCCUGUCCCCGGGCGGCCAGCAGCCGCCGUCCCCCAUGUUCAAAGGCAGCCAGAGGGUGGUCACCCUGGCCCAGCACAUCAGCGAGGUCAUCACUAAGGACUACACUCGGCAGAGCCAGCAGGCCAACCAGCCGUCUCUGUUUGGCUUCCACAGCUCCCCGGGCCUGGACCUCACGCGGCCCCCCAGCGCCCCUCAGAACCAGGGCAGCCAGCAGGAGCAGUCCUCCGACAGGAUGAGGGAACGGUCGUCUCCCCCCAAUAAGCCGUCUCCAGUGAGCCUGUCUGCUGAGGGCAUAGAGCCAGUGUCCCCACCAGCCUGCUUGUCCGAGGCCGAGUCCCAGGGGGCGUCCUACCCAGAUGAGCAGGGGGAGCAAAUGAUGGGCUCUCGCUCCCCGGCUAGCGGUUCGCAGCCCCCGGCCUUCUUCAGCAAGCUGACGGAGAGCAACUCUGCCAUCGUCAAGAACAAGAAGCAGGAGAUGAUCAAGAAAAUCAACAACGAGAGCGACUUCAAUCCUGCUCAGCCUGGCACAGAGAUCUUCAAUAUGCCAGCCUCCACCGGCGCUGGUACCGUGAGUGUGCGUAGCCACGCGCCCCCAGAGGGGGGUGGCAACACCAUCGGUCUAGAGGCCAUCAUCCGCAAGGCCCUGAUGGGCAAGUACGACGAGCAAGGAGAGGACCGCUCCACCCCCUCCAUGGGCCAAACCCCUCAGGCGGGAGGAGACCCCCACCAGGACGACUCCUACUCAGGAGGUGGUAAGAAGUCGAGCAGUGGGAGAGGUUCUAACGGCCGUAAGGCCAAGUCUCCGGGUCCGGGCCUGUCUGGUGGCGGCGGUGGUGGGGGAGGGGGCGGCGGGGAGAGGCCCUCCUCCGUCUCAUCCGUCCACUCCGAGGGGGACUGCAACCGGCGCACACCCCUCACCAACCGCAUCUGGGAGGAUCGGCCCUCCUCCACAGGUCCCACUCCAUUUCCCUACAACCCCCUCACCAUGCCGAUGCGUCUGCCCAUGGUCCCGGGCCCCGCCCCCUCCCCGACCCAGACCAAUCAGAGCGGCCAAGGGGCGGGCCAGGGCCGCGCCUGGGAGGAGGAGCCUAAGCCCUUGCUGUGCUCGCAGUACGAGACGCUGUCCGACGACAGCGAGUGAGGGAUGGAUACACACAUUCGCUCGCUCACCCACUCACCCCAUACGCGCACACUUACACAGACAUACACACCUCAAUGACGAGAACAGUACCUUUAGAGACUUAAAAUACUAUAUGUCGCUUUUGUCCUCAUUUUAACCACACACACACACACACACACACACACACACACACACACACACACACACACACACACACACACAGACUCUGCUGCUGCUGCUGCCGCCGCCAUCGCUGCUGCCGCUGUUGCAUCAGUCUCACUGACCAAAACACUCAAGAUCAAACUCAAGACUUUCUUGAAGCAAAAAAGAAGAAAUGGGCCCAAGAUUUACACAUGCACACACACAAACGCCUACACACACACACACACACACACACACACACACACACACACACACACACACACAAACAUACACACAAACGCCUACACACA